GCAAAACCUCGAGCAAACGCAGUGCAGUGUGUGUUGGUGUUUUGUGUUUUGCGUUGUGUUCACUGUUGUGCGCGGGAGGGGGCUUGUUUUUACCAGCAACAGCAAGGUCGUUCUUUGUGUCAAAAUUUUGCUUUUGUGAUUGUGACGAUUUUAUUGUUAUUCAGUUUCAAAUAUUACAGUGAUAUAAUAUUAUAAAAACUAAUAUUUCGAGGUGUAUUGUGCAUAUUGCAGUGCGUGCAUGUCGAGUGUAGAUUUUAGUAGUUAAAACAUCUGUUUCGUUGGAACGUUCCAAUGAGUUUGGGAGCAGGGCAGAGCGCAGAGGGAACUAAUGCAGGAGGAAUAUUUGUACAAUUCAAUCAAGACUGCACGUCCCUAGUAGCAGGCAGCAGCGACGGCUACCAUCUGUUCUCGCUGACGCCGGACGAUGGCGUCGAGGAAAUCUACGCGAGCCGCUCCGGGCAGGACACCUGCCUCGUGGACCGGCUGUUCAGCAGCUCGCUGGUCGCGAUCGUCACAGUACAGGCGCCCAGGAAGCUGAUAGUGUGCCACUACAAGAAAGGCACGGAGAUCUGCAACUACAGCUACAGCAACACCAUCCUCGCCGUCAAGCUCAACCGCUCCCGGCUGAUCGUGUGCCUGGAGGAGUCGCUGCACAUCCACAACAUCCGCGACAUGAAGAUCCUGCACACGAUCCGCGACACGCCGCCCAACCCGCGCGGGCUGUGCGCGCUGUCGCCCUGCGUCGAACAUUGCUACGUCGCUUACCCCGGCUCCAGCGCCGUCGGCGAGGUGCAGAUCUUCGACGCCGUGCAUCUGAACGCGAAAUGUGUGAUCAGCGCGCACGACAGCCCGCUGGCGGCGCUGGCGUGGUCGAUGUGCGGGCGGCGGCUGGCCACCGCCUCCGAGCGCGGCACCGUCAUCCGCGUGUUCGCGGUGCCCGAGCGCACCAGGCUGUACGAGUUCCGGCGCGGCGUCAAGCGCUGCGUGUCCAUCUCGUGCCUGUCGUUCAGCGCGUGCGGCGGCUACCUGGCGGCCGCCUCCAACACCGAGACCGUGCACGUGUUCCGGCUGCAGGAGGCGGUGGAGUCGGAGGUGGUGGCGGAGGAGGGCGAGGGCUGGCUGGGCUGGCUGCAGUCGGCGGCGCGCGCGGGCGCGGGUUUGCUGCCCGCGCACGUGCAGGGCGUGCUAGCGCAGGGCCGCGCUGCCGCCGCCGCGCGACUGCCCGCCGCGCCCAAGCGGGCCAUGGCUGCCAUCACCAGCGUGUCGAAGUCGCCGCGGCUGCUGGUGGCCACGUCGGCCGGCGUGCUGUACGUGUACGCGCUGGACGUGGGCGAGGGCGGGCAGUGUGCGCUGCUGCGGGAGCAUCGGCUGCUGGAGCGCCCGCCGCCCGACGCAGCGGCGCCGGGCCGGUGUUACGCGGGCGCCCUCCGCGGCCGGGACUCCGCGCUCACAGCUGACGCCCUCGCGCCCGCAGAGUCCGCGCGCGGCGCGGAGCUGGGCGCGGCGCUGGAGGGGAGCCCCCCCCGCGGCCCCUUCGACCUCCGCGACCACAAGCACUUCCCGCCCAUGCGCUCGGCCGCGCCGCCGCAGUCGCCGCAGCCGCAGCCGCCGCAGGACCAGUAGCGCGACCACGCCGUCUACUGCCUUUCGACAAUUGUUCCUUGGCCGAUAUCUUGAUCAAACAUUAAGACGAGGCUCGACCGAAAUCCGCGGGAAGUACAAGAUCAUAUCACGAGUUUUACUUCCAAAUUCACGGCGAAGGAACUAUUUGUUGAAACUCUGUCUAGGCCCCGGUGUACUCUCAUAAAUAGUUAGUUUUGAAACAGAUUGUUAUUAAGAUAUUUGCUAAUAAUUACAAUAAAUACGCAAUAAUAUGCAUGAUUUAAAAAUAAAAGACAGUCACAUCCAAAUGGCAAGUACUAGAUUUUCUAACACUCAUUCAUUGUGGGCCAUGUCCUACAUGAUUUUACCUCGGUGAACGAAGCAAUGAUCUUACAGCGCACAGAAAAUUUAAGUCAUGACCUUUCACAUGUAUAUGUAAUAUGUGAAUUGAUAUCCUUACAGAGUACACCUGCGCGCCCCUGUAAAUAAUUGCGUAUCGAAUUAUUGAUGUUUGGCGACCGGGCGUUAUAGAAUUUCAUAUUCGAAUAAGUACAAGAUUUUGUUUUUUUUAAGUUAAUUAAAGUUAAGACUUUUCAUACGAAGAGGAAGAUUUUGUCACUAUUAUAUCAUGUAAUAUGUAGGUACAAUUCCUAUCAUAAAACCUGUAAAAUUAGGUAUUUUAACAUGACAAAAAUAUUUUUCGCGCUUCCGGUCGCCGUCUCUUCUGUAAUUAGUUUUAAAUACUUAUUGUACCAAUGGUUUAUUUCCAAAUUGUAAAAAAAUGUAUAUAGGCAUUAUUGAUAUAUAUUAGCGACGUGUGCGUCGCGCACGCUCAGCACGGCUCGCGGCCUCCAGGCGCUGCGCUCGCGCACAUUCGGGCACACACAUUUUUUUUAUUAUACAUAUAUGCAGUUUACAAUUAAUCCGAGCCCAAAACACAUUUAGGAUUUUACUAAAUGUUGUACUUCUUGCUUUUAACGGCAGAGUAACAUCCACCAUUAGAUACCCUAAACUUUUUUGCAGUUUUAACGUAAAUGAGAUAUAUACGUGUAGAUCGAGAUAUGAGCAAGCGAGCGACUCAGCAGAUUGUAAACAUUGCGGUGCAGGGCAGCCGCGAGCUGCGUGCGGACUAUACAACGUCAGAACGUAAAUAUUUCACCGACGUGAACACGCUUGCAUUGCUGUUUAGGCGCAGAAUAUUCAAUAUUUAUCAUGUAGUCAUCUCAUCACUCUUAAGUCCUAAGUAAAUUCAUUUAAAUUACGAGUUAUAUUUUAUUGAUUUAAAUUGGUUAAGCAUUUUUUUUUUCUUAUAAUAAUCCAAAUCUUGAUUCUAGUAAUGAUGGAAAACCCAUUCACCGUAAUGAGAAAUUUUUCGAAUCCUUCUGGACCAUUAUGUUGAAUUCCAUUAGAUAUUCGGCGCCUAAACGGCUAAACGGCAAUCACAUUAUAGGUCCUGCUUUUCUAUUGGCCAAGGAGCUGUCAUAACGUGUUAUAUCGUGGAUAUGCGUGAAGUGACGGUGGUGUGUAGUUAUAGUAAACUGUGAUCCGUGUAAUCAUUUUGAACAUCAAAAUAGAUGUUAAAGCAGUUAAAUAGUUUUGUCUUCUGGCGACUGUGUCCUCUAGGACAUCUGGCAGCCAGUUGUAUUGUAUUCCAAUUGUCUCGUAGAUAAAUGUAAGAUAAAACACGAGUGUAUAGCUUCGAUAUUCCAAGAAUGGAGGAAAUGGUUACGGAUCCUUUAAGAAUUAGCACAUUUUCAGACUGUCAAAAGAUAUUUGAAUUUUUAUAAAUACAUUUUUAUUAUUGUCGCUGUUAUCUCCACGCGAAUAACAACUAAAGCGCUGUUGUAUUCUUCAUCUUUUUAAAUCUGCUUUGACAGAUACUGGGUGGGUCAAAAUGUUUUCAGAAAGCCUAACUAAUGAAUUGCUUUUUAAGUCGCUGCAGUAUUGUUUGGUGAACUGCUUUCUUCUUCGUCAGAAAAAUAUCAUUAAAAGUCUAUCGCGAACAAGGAGGAAAUGAGUGUAGUUUCUCCUGCAAAACUAUUUGGCCCGAUCUAAUAGAGUAAGGUGUCGCAGCGGUAUUACUACCGUCGCGACCGCGGCCGGCUCAGCGUCGCCGACAGCUUAGACACAAUAUUGUAAAUACAUUAUAAUUAAUAAAUAUUUUUACAAAAUCUCA